AUGGGAAGCCAGCGGUCACAGGUGCCAUCUUUCCUAACAACCCAGAAAGGUGGAGCUCAGUGGCCCGAGCUCGUCCAGCCGUGGGGAGGCAGAGCUGGCUCCAGCCCUAGCCACUGACCCUCCUGUUGCCAUGGCACCGACACCGAGCUGGGGAUGCGGGUUGAGGAUUGACACGGGCACCUGAGCUUGUCGUGUCCGGCACCGGGCUGUCUGGGCCCGAUUCUUUCUGAUGUUCUCUCUCUCUGUCCCUCCUCCUUCGCCACUGUCCCCUCCUCCUCUGCCACCGCCGGCCUCAGACUUCCUCCUUCGCUUGGUUGGACGCUACGCCUCAUCCCGCUGGCCCUCGGACGGUGGUGUCCAGUCGUAUGCUGGUGUCAUGGGGGGCCUGGAAAGCUCCAGCAGGCUCCUGUUCCUGCCUCUCCUUCUGACCGUGGGGGGUCUCAGCCCUGUCCAGGCCCAGAGCGAGUGCACCUGCUCCUCCCUGAGUGCGGGGGCGCUGGCGGGGAUCGUGCUGGGGGACCUGGUGUUGACCCUGCUCAUCGCCCUGGCUGUGUACUCGCUCGGCCGGCUGGUCCCUCGCGGCCGAGGGGCUGUGGACGUGACCCGGAAGCCGCGCAUCACUGAGACCGAGUCACCUUAUCAGGAGCUCCAGGGUCAGAGGUCAGAUGUGUACAGCGACCUCAACACACAGAGGCAGUAUUACAAAUGAGCCCAAACCGCAACAGUCCACAAUGGGACGCCUGGAUCCAGUGCUUCCUGAUGGCCACCCAGCGCCCCAGCGUGCCCUCCCUGACACCUCUCCCCUCUGUUGCUGCCAAAUAAACAUGGAGCACAAAA